GAAAUAUAGGUCUACAUCAGGUUAUAUAUAUAUAUACGUGUAUAAAUGUAUUGUUUUAAGUGAGAGUAUAAGUAGUAGUAUUAUGCAACGCGUAUGCAUUUACGAAAUCACAUUAUGCACUUCUUUCAUUCAAGUACACAGUUUUUGAAUAAAAGAUUGAUUCAACAAACACAGUAGUAAAAAAGGGAUUUAAAUCGUCCGCCGAUUAAUACGGCAAAAUAAAACAACAAUUCAACCAUAGUUAAUACAUAUUCGUCAAGAUUUCCAAACAAAAAUGAGGAAAUUACAAAUUUUUUCUUGAUAUUCUUCAAAUAUAAACAGUUAAGUUUGGAUUCAAAUAUACAUCAGAGCAGAUAGUUCAUAUUACAAGUAUCAUGACUAUUUAUUUCACUGAGUCAGUGAAUACGCACAGGAUAUGUCGAACGAAUCCGUUCAAAGUAUGUAUUUAUUUAAUUUUUUAUUUUAUGUUCUCAUGGAUAUCUGCAGUUCCUUUUCAUAGAAUGCAUUCAGAAAUUACAGUCAGUCUACCAGACACAUAUAAAUCACAAAUUAACAGAAAUUAUAAUCAACUAGAAAAGUCUAACAAGCUUUUGCAUAAUAUGAAUAAUAAUUAUAACACUUUUGAUACACAAAAUUCUGAUUUAUUAAACCAGUCCAGUGCGUCAAGUAUAGAUACAGUUAAAAAGAAUGAUGUAUUCAAUCGAAAGUCGACAGAAGCAUUGCACUUUCAAUCAGGAUCAUAUCUAUUCAACAAUAAUCCACUGCUUACAAAUUCUCAUGGUAAUUAUUUAACAGAACUCAAUUAUUAUCCUAAUGUAUGGUUUCAGCAAAGAAAACACUUACAAACAUCAAAAUAUCGCCCUAAUUUAUGGACUUCAUUAAAUGUAGAGAAUUGUUAUGAAGUCAAGCCAGCUCCAGACUUACUAUCUAUAGAAGAAAUUGAUCAGUAUGAAAAGAAUCUGUUAGAAAUGAAUGAUAGGACGCGUUUCUCAAGACAAAUUAGAAGAAAAUAUGCACGUCAGAGUAGGCGAUUGUUUCGUUUAAGAAAUCAAAGAAUACAAAGGAGAAAAUCUUCAAAUCAGCUUACAGAUCAUAAAAGUGAAAAACGAAAAAUUCGUUCCUUACUUGAAGAUGAUACAGUGAACAAAGAAUCUAAAAUUUCAGACAUUAUUCUAACUAAUAAUAAUUCAGAAGAGAGAUCUCUAUUGAACAAACAUUUAAAGAGUAAUACGGUUGCUGCUAUUACUGUUCACAAAAUAGCUAUUCGUCCAUCUGUAUUGGUCUUAAAGCAUGGAAAUGUCCAAGCACGUAUACAUUAUGUUAUGCAAUUGCAUAGAGAAUUAAGUGAGCAGUAUCGAUUGAUCAUAGAGGUGCGCAUGAAUCCAAGCUUUCCACCGUUGUAUAUUGGAGUUAUCCAAAAUGUAUGCGAUUAUUGGCAAGCAAAUGUUCCACAGUCAAAGUGUUCACUUAAGAGACCCAGAUUUUAUCAGAAGAAUACCAUGUGCUUUUGUAAUAUGCCUCCUGGAAUUUAUAGACAGAGAGUUAAACUAAAUCUUAACAACAUACUUGAUGAACUUGAACUACCACGAUUUUUAGUUAACUUCUUACUUACUGACAAGAAACUUGACGUUCAUAUUACAAUUAAACUUGAAAUGGAGAACAAAGAUCUUGUUGGGUGUAUGAAAGUAAAAUUACCAUUACAAUUUAUAUCUGCCUAAAAGAAAUGAAUACUGCUUUGGUACUACAUUCUAUUCCUAUGUAAUGACAUUCAUGGAUGAAGAUUUGACGUGACUAGGGAUAAACAGUCGGCAGAAGCAAUCUAUACAUACUGAACAGGUCAACUUCAUCAUUGUAUUGCCAAUAACUAAGCUCCUCUUAGCUUCACUAAACUAUCCCACUAUGUAAACAUUCUCAGGCUGUUAAGAUAAACUAAUUGAAAAAACCUCGUCCGUAAUUUAUUCGUCUUUGGUUUUCUACAUCCUACAGGACCUAAUUAAUUUACACAUUCAUACAGAAUAAUUUGUUUCUGUGAAUCAAGUAGUGGUGAACUGGACCUAUUCACUUGGAGAGAUGUACA